GACCCGUUACCCAUAACCGCUUAUUUCAAACCCGACUCGACUCAACGGCCAUACAUCGGCGUAAAACCCUAAACCCUGCUCCAACUCUACACUUGGGGGGAAAAAAACAAUAUAAUCCUCUGCUCUUUUCUGAUUUGGGUUUCUGAAAAUACAAUUAAGUUAAAAAGAGAAUGGAGCAAAGAUUAGCAAAUACAUGGCGAAUGACAGUGAAUGAGAAGAAGUUCAUAGAAUCUGCGUUAGAAUCUGAACUGAGAAUAGACGGUCGCCGUCCCUUUGAUUAUCGGAGGCUUACAAUCAAGUUCGGUAGAGAAGAUGGCUCGUCGGAAGUUCAACUGGGGCAAACUCAUGUUAUGGGAUUUGUUACGUCGCAACUAGUGCAACCUUAUCGAGAUCGACCAAACGAAGGAACCCUUUCAGUAUUUACUGAGUUUUCUCCGAUGGCUGAUCCUUCAUUUGAGGCAGGCCGUCCUUCAGAGUAUGCUGUGGAGCUGGGUCGCAUAAUUGACAGAGGGUUAAGGGAAAGCAGAGCUGUGGACACUGAAUCACUCUGUGUUGUGGCUGGGAAGUGGGUUUGGUCAAUUCGUAUUGAUCUCCAUAUUUUGGACAAUGGAGGUAAUCUUGUUGAUGCUGCCAAUGUUGCUGCUUUAGCUGCUCUUUUGACAUUUCGGAGGCCUGAAUGUACACUAGGAGGAGAUGACAGGCAGGAAGUGAUACUGCAUCCGCCCGAGGUCCCCUUUCUUGCUUAUUUCCCUCAAUUUUUUUUUAAACCAAUUCUUCAAAAGAAAAUGUUUUUNGUAACUUUUGCAUUUAUUGGAGACGAGAAUUUGGUUAUAGAUCCAACACAUCAUGAAGAAGCUGUUAUGGGAGGAAGAAUGUCCGUCACCCUUAACACAAAUGGCGAAGUCUGUGCAUUUCAAAAGCCUGGAGGACAGGGUACCAUGCAAAGUGUUGUCAUGCAGUGUCUACGCAUAGCCUCAGUGAAGGCCGGAGAUAUAACUAGCAAAAUUAAAACCGCUGUUGAAUCUUACAACACAGAGAGAGCUCUCAAAAUGGUCAAGCGACAUACAAAUAUUAAUGCAGUUGAUGUCAAUGAACCAGAUCAAAAGGCUAAGCAAAUCUUGGAGGGGAAAAAAUUAAAAUCAGAAGAGUGCAGUGUUAGUCAGAGCGAUGACAUGGAUGUUGAGCAAGGUAGAGUCAAGAAGAGGAGUGAUAAGAACCAGCGUUUCACAGGCGGGCCCUCCAGUUGGGAUCCAUAUUCAGAGGGUGUUAACACAGAUGAAUUGAAAGCUACUCUUGCUUCUCGUGGUUCAGCAGCAGUGCCUAUGAAGCUAGACAAUUUAGGUGAUGAUAUUACAGACGAAAGAAAAUCAGAUGAACCACUUUCAGAUGUUAGUCCAGUAUCAUCAUUGACUGAGUCAGCUGGAAAAGAAAUGGCAACAAGCAGAGAGAAGACUUUACAAGAUGCUGUUAAGCCUAAAAACAGACGGCGAAAGAAGAAAUCGUCUAAUUCUGCAGUUUAGAGAAUGCAUGUGUCAUCUGUCUUUUUUAGAUUGAAAUUGUCCGCCUGGCAUAAGUAAAUUCUGUGUCUAAUUGCAAAGUUGGAGCAGCACAUGAAGUUCUUGAUAGUAGCACCUAAAUCUCUGUCCUCAAGUUGAAGAUCCUGAGUUGAAGGCAUUCCUAUCGAUGUUCUAUGUGAAUGGAGGAUUAAAGAAUGCUGGAUUUUGUAAAGUCACCUAGCUUGAGUUCCAAUUACUUGAUCGUGUCCAGAACUUGUGGCAUCCUCGCUUUGAAUCUUGAUUUGAACUAGGCCGCGAAGGAAGACUUAGAAUGCUUUGUUCUUUAGAGUUUUCUCUAGCUUCUAUUUAGCUUUCUAUGUGUUCUUUGACCAUGUAGAAGAUUUUUAUUUAUAGUUGUAGAGCAAGGACAAUCAUUCUUCUGGAUUUGAGGCUCACUUGAGUCACUCAGCUAAUUAAACUAUUUAUGCAGCAAUUGUAUUUGAUUGACCUAAGCUUGUCAUUUCAACACUUGGAAUUUAUACUUAGACAUGGCAAAAUAUACGAGUCGAGACAUUGGAUUC